AUGAGUCCAGCCCUCCAGCGAGGUGUCCGGACUCUGUCUUGGACACGAGUUGUUCCUCGCGCCCGGCAGGCCAGAUGGAUUCAGAUUCGUGCGGCGCCCUCGGAAGAGCCUACCGUCAAUGGCGACCAUCUGCCCCUCGCCGGUACGCCUAGUUCCGCCGCAUCGCGAGAUGCGCGCUUCGAUGUCGUCGGCACUCCAUAUUCACUCCUCUCGGUAUCGCUUUCGGCUUCGCAAAACCUGUAUACGCGCCGGGGAACAUUGGUGGGACUGAGCGGCAAGGCGGAUAAUGUGGUUUCGACGUUGAGCGUCCUCGAACCCUUCCGCAGGGCCCCUCUGGGCGUGCCCUUCCUCUAUCAGAAGGUCUCCUCUGCGAGCCCUGUCACAGCCCUCAUUUCCGUUCGGUCUCCAACGACCUCAUUCGCGGUCGUGAAUCUCAAUGGCUCAGUGGAUUGGAUGGUUGCCCAGCGGCGCGCGCUGCUGGCAUGGACAGGCCGGUCCUUGUCCAUCAAGCCAACCAUUAACGCCAGCCUGAGCUUGGCUCAUUGGGGUAGUUCUGCGGUCACUGGCAGAGGAUUGAUCGCGUUGGUAGGCCAAGGCCAGGUCUACUCCGUGGAGUUGAAGGACGGCGAGCAAUACGUCGCUCACCCUAGCCACAUUGUCGCCUAUACCAUGUCUUCCAACCCCCCUCGCCCCUACCGCUUCAAAUCCACAACUUUGAGCUUCCAGGUUCCCGGCCUGAAGACAUUGCCACGCCUCCUGCAGGGCAACAAGUUCAUCCGGGAUGUGUCUGACUCUAAGGCCUGGAAGAACACCAUGAGUUUCCUUCACAAGCUUCGUACAUGGUCUCGCAUGACCAUCUGGGGAGAUAGACUUUUCCUGCAAUUUGACGGGCCUGCAACAAUUCUCAUGCAGUCUCGCGGACCCCGCGUCAACGACAUUCUCUCUGAGCGUCAAGUCACUGAACUCGCCGACGCCCCUCGUGGAAUCACCACCCUUGCCCCGGAAGAGCCUAGCAAGCCAACCCCCUCAGAGGCAGAGAUCUCUCGUUCGGUCGAGAACUUGAACCAAGAGCUCCGGGGAAUCCGUCAGAGCGUUGCUGAGAUCCGAAAGGAUGGCACCGUCGAGAUCAAGGAGGUUGGACGGACAAGCCCUAAGGAAGCCUAA